AUAGGUCUAUGAUAACAAAUAAUACUAAAUAAGUUUUUGCAAAAUGGUCGUUACUUUUUUGUUUACUCUGAAACUGACCCUUCUGCUUUUACCUCUUCUAGUACCACAGAUUAGGUAAAACUAGAGAGUGCACUUCCUAUUCAGCCCAUGUAUAUUUCAAAAUUUUAACAAACUAAAACCAUUGUGGAUUUAUUUUUAAUAAUUAUUAGGUAUAUUAUAUAUAUUAUUUUGUUUGAAUAUAAUGCCUUUUUGACUUAAUUCAAAUUAUUCACAUUUUAUUUCGAGAUUUAUGAAUUUUAUGACUAAUUUAAAAAAUAUUUUUCGUACCUACCAUUGAAAUCGUCCGUAUUUACGUAAGAUCUUACAACAUAAAAAUCAAACAUAAUGGAAGUCACAACAGAAUUAGAGCCUUUUAUUAAAAAUGGCUUAAAGUUAUUAAGACGCACCAAAGAUGUAAGUGUUAUCAAGUUAAUGUGGAAAAAUUUUGAAGAAGCCAUUGCAGAGCAGUAUGGACCAAACCGACGACCAACCAAUGUUGCUAAAAAGUUAUCUGUGCCUACUGCAUUAAUGACUAAAGAGUUAGGAAUUGACCAAUCGGAUGUAGUUGCUGAAGAUGAAUCUAGUAGCUCUAGUUCUUCUUCCAGCCCAGCCCUCAGCACAAACAAGACUAUAGUUGAAGUAUGCUCUUCUCCACCACCCACUAUAACAUUAGAACAAGCUAAAUCCGAUCCAGUCAUUAAUAUUGAUUCAGAUUCGGACAUGGAUACUGAUCUUGAAGCAUAUUCAUGUUGCGCUUGCAAGGAAAGUUUUGUACACAUGGGCAACAGUCUAGUUGAAUGUUUGGAUUGUCAUUCAAUGUAUCACCAAAACUGUCACAAUCCUCCUAUUACGGAUAUUAAUUUAAAUGAUCCUCGAAUUGUUUGGUAUUGUGGAAACUGUCGCCAAAGAGAUUCCCAGAAAACAGAAACUCGUACAUCAGGUAAAGAAAGUAAAAAGAGCUCUUCUAAGAAUACAAUUGGAGUUAAAACUGAAAAAUCUUCUAGCAGAAUGUUACAAAGUACAAAAGCAAGUCCAAGUAAAUCAAAGUCAUCUUCAGCUAACAGUAGUCCUAAACAUUACCCGCCUACAACCAGUACCAUGAUGUCAGCUAUGGAAAAACGAGUUCAACUAAUGAAAAAGAAAGCUGCUAAAAAAAGUGAAAAGAAAAAAUAAAACAGACAUAUUUUUCAGUGAUAACAAAAGAAAUACUUAUUAUUAU